CUCCCACAUUCAGCCAUGGCAACUAAAGCGGUGUCAAACUGCAUUAACUCUACAGUGUGGACGCACCCACUGACUCUGCUCUUCUUCACUCCAGGGCGCAAGCUGAACGCGGAUUUGUCAGGAAUGCAGGGAAACCUCAAGAGCAUCAACCAGACCCUUUUCUCAGAGUUGGCUUCUCUGAAGGAAAAAGGAGCAAGUGAAGCUAAAUUGGUGGCAAAGAUCAACGCGAUGGCCAAAAACCUGACCGAGGAGGUGAAGGAAGCAAAGACGCAGUUCCGGGAUCAGAUCUCAAAGCUGCAAAGUGCAGUCCUCACAAUGAAUUGUGAGCUGGAGGAUGCGAAACACAACCGCACAGGAACCAGUAAAAGGAUCUGCUGCCCGAAAGGCUGGUUCCCUUUUGCCCGGAACUGCUAUUGGUUCUCAAAUUCGGAAAAAACCUGGGAAGAAGCAAAACUGGAUUGUGAAAAUAAGGAGGCCCACCUGGCCAUCAUCACUACGUACCUGGAAAAGAUGUUUGUGGUGCAACACACCAAGCCUCACAACUUCUGGAUCGGGCUGUCCUUUGUCAACAGGACCUGGAAAUGGGUGGACGGGACGGCCUACGCCAUGCGCAGGAUAGACUGGCGGCCCCAGGAGCCCAACAACUUCUCCUUCCUGGUGCCCAUGGAGAGUGCGGACUGCGUCCACAUCUAUCGGGACGGCCUCUGGAGCGACGAGCAUUGCCAGUACCGCUAUAACUGGGUCUGCGAGAUGGAGGCCAAGGGCUAAGCGGUACCGACGCGAAGACAGACAACGACGGUGGCACUCUGCACAUGGGCAGAGGCCGGCUGUGAUCUCCAUGGGGGUUGGGAGAGAUGGAGGCAAAGGGUUGGAUCUCUUCAGCCCUCCAGCCAGGUGUUUUGGACUUCAACUCCCACCAUUCCUAACAGCCUAGUCCAAAACACCUGGAGGGAGGACCAAAGUUGGCCCAUGCCUGGGCCAGACAGUUUGCAAAAGUGCUGUGAUUCUUCUAGGAAAUAAAACCACGGCACUCUUCACAUGG